CUCGAGAUUCUAGUUUUUCCCUCUCUGCGCAUUUCUCUUGUCGACUUCCCUUGAUGACUGACACUAUCUUCUUCUGCUUUCCCUUGCUUCUACUCUCCCGUCGAAAUCCUCUCCUUUCCCCGUUUUAACACGACCUCUCUUCUCUCUUUUCCUGGACUAUCGUUCUCUCGCUCGCUCACACACUCUCCUCCCUCCCUCCUGCCUUUUUUUUUGUCUGGCCGUGCUGUAAAGUGUAUGGGGAGUCUGGGCACUCUCACUGAUCCGUGAUUGGAGAUUUCAGCGAAACAAGGAAUUCCAUUCACCGAGUCUCCCAUUCACAGCACUCAGACCCGAAGCAGCGCCUCCGACACCCGACUGCUGCAGACUCUGACUUGUGAGGCCUGCCUUGCUGUCACACCCUGGAGCUCAGGAAAAGGACAUGAUUCAGACUGUUCCAGACUCAGCGGCUCAUUUCAAAUGAGGACGUCAGUAGACAUCAACUGAAUGGAAAGACCAGAUUGCUGAUGUUGACCAUGACACCCGCUGUUGGAAAAAACCUGCCUUCUACACGGCAACAACAGGAAGCAUUAUCAGUAGUCAGUGAAGAUCAGUCCUUAUUUGAGUGUACCUACACUACACCACACCUAGCCAAGACGGAAAUGACAGCUUCCUCGUCAAGUGAUUAUGGACAGACUUCAAAAAUUAGCCCACGGGUUCCUCAACAGGAGUGGUUAUCACAGCCACCAGCCAGAGUGAACAUCAAGAUGGAGUACAAUCCUAACCAGGUCAAUGGAUCCAGAAACUCACCAGAACAUUGCAGCGUAGCCAAAGCGGGAAAGAUGGUCAGUGGCUCAGAGAAUGUUCCAAUGAGCUACAGUAACUACAUGGAGGAGAAACAUGUGCCGCCUCCCAACAUGACAACUAAUGAGCGGAGAGUGAUUGUUCCAGCAGAUCCUACACUGUGGUCCACAGAUCAUGUGAAACAAUGGCUGGAGUGGGCAGUGAAGGAGUACGGCUUGAUUGACGUCGAUGUGCCACUCUUCCAGAACGUUGAUGGCAAGGAGCUCUGCAAAAUGACCAAAGAGGAUUUUCAGCGCCUCACCCCAAGCUACAAUGCCGACAUCCUCCUGUCACACCUGCAGUACCUCAGAGAGAUGUUCCUCAGGUUUUCCUCUCCUGCCUGUGGCCAAGGAAAUAGCCAUCACCAAAAAGCACCACUUCCUCAUUUGACUUCAGAUGAUGUCGAUAAAGCCUUGCAAAACUCUCCGCGUCUGAUGCACGCCAGAAACACAGGGGGUGCAACAUUCAUUUUUCCAAAUCCAUCAGUUUAUCCUGAACCAACCCAGAGACUGACAGUGAGACCCGAUUUGCCUUAUGAUGCAACCAGACGAUCAGGGUGGGGAAGUCAUGCUGGAGUUCCGCCAAAGGGAACCCCUUCCUCAAAUGUGACCAAGGUAGAAGACCAGCCUCGACAACCAAUAGCAGAUCCCUAUCAGAUUCUUGGGCCAACAAGCAGCCGACUUGCAAACCCAGGAAGCGGUCAAAUUCAGCUGUGGCAGUUCUUGUUGGAGCUUCUAUCGGAUAGCUCCAAUGCCAACUGCAUUACCUGGGAAGGGACCAACGGAGAGUUCAAGAUGACUGACCCAGAUGAAGUUGCGAGACGUUGGGGAGAGCGGAAGAGCAAACCCAAUAUGAACUACGACAAGCUGAGCAGGGCCUUGCGUUAUUACUAUGACAAGAACAUCAUGACCAAAGUCCAUGGCAAGCGCUAUGCUUACAAGUUUGACUUCCAUGGCAUUGCACAAGCCCUGCAGCCCCACCCACCUGAGUCUUCUGUGUACAAGUAUCCAACAGAUAUUUCAUACAUGAGCUCCUAUCAUGCACACCAGCCAAAGAUGAAUUUUGUGGCUCCCCAUCCUCCAGCUCUACCUGUGACAUCGUCUAGUUUCUUCGCAGCUCCAGGUCCAUACUGGAAUUCUCCCACUGGAAGUAUCUACCCAAACGCCAGACAUCCUGCCACCCACAUGCCACCUCAUCUUGGCACAUACUAUUGAACAACGCUCAUACUUUCGAUUAAGACUCGGGUUACUGCUCUGGGAAUGCAACACUGUGUUACUAACUAUGGACUUUUUUUAAUUGGAGAAAUAAAACCAAAGUUUAAACUCUAACUAUACACAAAUACUGAAGAUAAGUCUCGAAUACUGGAAGAGAUAAAACCGUGUGUUGACUAAUUAGAAGCAAACUUGAUACAUGUCUGUGGAAGUUUGGAGUUAAGUUACUGAAAGAGCAGUAUUUUAUAAAGAGCACGUGCUAUAAGACAAAGGAUUAAGGAUCAGGUACCUGGUCGCUGUUGACAAUCAGGAAGAAAUAAGUGUUACAUGGAAUGCGAUAUUGAGAGUAAGGAAUUUGAGAAGCAAAGAUCAACACACAGCAAAAGAAAACCAAUGUUAAAAUUAUAUAAAUGUAGGAUCUACCGACGAGAGACUUGACAUGUAACUUCUUGGAUGUUCCUCAGUAGUUAAACUCUUGCUUUCUGAAAUGAAGUAUUUAUACCUUCUGAAAUUUAUUUGUUAACAGGAUUUAUCAUUCUAAAUAUAUUAAAAACAAAAUUUGUGGAAGAUACCUCCAAAAUUUGGGAGGGUGUUGGACAAUACUGCAAUGAUUUGGUACAAUGAUUUCUUACUUUGCAUGGUUUGAGCCAAACAUUUGGAAAUGAGUACGUGCAGAAGGCUACGUGAUGGAUCGGUAAUUAUGCAAGAGCAAUGAAGUAGGAGAACAUUUAGGAAGGAAGGAAUGAACUGGUGUGUGUUUUCUUUUGCAAGCGGACAUGCAAAAUCAAGAAAAUAUCAAUUGGAUGUAAAGAGAUUCUCCAAAGAAGUCACCAAAAACAGAUAAAUUUUCAUAAUCAUAAUUAAUGAAGGGAAAUACAGAAGGAGAAGACAAAACAGAAAUCUAAAGCCAAAACACUUCAUCAUACAAUGAAUUAAAAAAAACAUCUCUAAGAAUUGGAAAACUGGGAUUAUCUGGAAUUAUAACGUUAUGAAAAAAAUCGGGAUCUUGUGAAUGUGCUUGAUGUAAAAUUGAUCAAGACCUGAAACUUGGGGUUUUAACAUUUUUAUACCAGCACAUUUGGGGCUGGGAGGAGCCCACAGUCAAACCUGAGGAGAUUUCAAUGCAUUUUUUUUAAACCUAGGCGGUCGCCAGAUGUGAAGAGUCGCGAACGCUGUGCGUUUGUAAGAAAUAAGUAUUCAAAUCAAGGUUAUUUGCAUUUUAUAUUGUAAACUUAUUAUGUAACUUAUGCAUUUAUAUAUUCCUUUGUUUUCUGACACUACGAGUUGACCUCGGCCAACCAUGGACACCAAAAUAUAAAAAAAAACAAAAACAGAAAAAAAAAGAAAAAGUAAAAAAGAUGACGCGCGAUUAAAUGUUACAGCCUUGAUUUAUAACUCUUUUUAAUGAAAUAUGCUUUAUGUUUACAUAUGAAACUCUUAGCACAUAGGAUGCAAAUUAUAUAUGUAUUAAAGUAAGCCUGGCUUUCA